UUGCAGGUUGUAGCAGCAGUGUGUUUGGUGGUGCGCAGAAUGAAGGCUCUGCAGAAGAACCAGGGACGCACUGACCAGAUGUUGGGGGCCAUGGCCGAUGUGCUUACCUCUGUGGCCAUGCCCAAUCAACAGUGGCUCUCAGAAGGGGGUGAGGCAGACCUCCCAUCAAGUGGGGAGGAAAAGGGGCCGGUACAGGGCCAGUGGGAGCAAGAAAGGCUGGACUGGGACCAACAGACCAUGGCAACAGAAAACCCGGAGCGGGGAGAAAGAACAGGAGUAGACCUCAGAAAGAGAGGUGGGGGGCAGAGAGAUAAAGUCCCGGGCCAUGCCCGCCUCUGCUCAUGGUUCAACAGCAUGAAAGGGGGCCACCAUCACCACCGCCACCACCGGGGCUGUGGCUGCCAACACUUGUUCCGAAAAGUCCUGGUCAAGUGUGGCUGCUGCUAUGCCAGAGUCAGAGACUCGUACUCGGCAGCAGGCAGCGAGGGCAGCAUCUCCACCUCUGUGGCGUCACUGCCUCCCCAGCCAUCAGGCAGUUCAGCCCCCAGCUCUCCGGGCUCCAGGCGCUCUGUGAGCACCCUGAAGAAGUGGCUCACCAACCCUGUCCGCAAACUCAGCGCUGGAUCCGCUGGGAAAGGGGAGCGGCAGGUCCGAAAGCUCGAGGGGAAACCUCCACCACUUUCAUCCCACAGCCACAGCCAAGAUCUGGGCAGCCCUCCGAGGCCUGAUGAUACUUUCACUAUUUUACCUGUCACCCACAGAGAACUGGAGUGGAAAGAUGGCCUUGCAAGCCCUGAGGAUCUCUCACCAGCCUCACUACAGCCACCCAGCUGCAUAACUGGCUCCCUGAUUGGCUGCACAUCACUGCCAGAUCCCCAGGACACUCAGCCCACUAGUGUUCUCCCAGAUGACAGUGGGUCAGUCUUGAUGGAUGACACCUCCAGCCAAUGGUCAGCUGUGGCUGACACUGAAGAGGAGAGAAGAAGUGCCUUAGAGAAAAGCAUGUAUGUACUGCAGGAGCUUAUUGAAACAGAGAAGCACUAUGUGGUAGACCUGGGGCUCAUAGUGGAGGGCUACAUGGCCACAAUGAACUCCAAAGGUGUGCCAGAGGACAUGAAGGGAAAAGACAAGAUUGUUUUUGGAAACAUUCAUCAAAUUUUUGACUGGCAUCAAGACUACUUCCUGGGAGAGCUGGAGAAGUGUUUGGCAGAGCCAGAGAGACUGGCUCAGCUCUUUAUUAAACAUGAGAGGCGUCUGCAUAUGUAUGUUGUGUACUGUCAGAACAAGCCCAAGUCAGAACACAUCGUGUCCGAGUACAUUGAGACUUACUUUGAGGAGCUCCGGCAGCAGCUGGGCCACCGGCUGCAGCUCAACGACCUGCUCAUUAAACCUGUCCAGAGGAUCAUGAAGUACCAGCUUCUGCUCAAGGACUUCCUAAAGUAUUACACCAAAGCUGGGAUGGACACCGAGGAGUUGGAGAAAGCUGUGGAGGUGAUGUGCUUUGUGCCAAAACGAUGCAACGACAUGAUGAAUGUGGGCAGAUUGCAAGGCUUUGAGGGGAAGAUCACAGCGCAGGGCAAACUGCUCCAGCAAGACACCUUCACCGUCACUGAGCAGGACAGUAGCUUCCUUUCUCGAGCCAAGGAGAGACGAGUCUUUUUGUUCGAGCAGCUGGUCAUCUUCAGCGAGCCCAUCGACAGGAAGAAAGGCUUCUUGCUGCCCGGGUACACCUUCAAGAACAGCAUCAAGGUGAGCUGCCUGGGGGUGGAGCCCGGCGUGGACGGUGACGAUGCACGCUUUGUUUUGACUUCACGCAACCCCGACGGGAGCGUGGUACGCUUCCAGUUGCAAGCCUCCUCCCCAGAGACCGGCAGGGCCUGGGUCAACGACGUGGUUCAGAUCCUGGAAAGCCAGCGCAACUUCCUCAACGCCUUACAGUCACCUAUAGAGUAUCAACGCAGAGAGAGCAAGUCCAAUAGCUUGGGCCGCAGCAUGAGGCCCCCUCUGUCCGCGGCCAGUGCCCUGCGGCCCCACUCGUCCGCCUCUAUUGACCGCCACAAGCUGCCCUCCCUGCACUCUUACAACACCUCUCUGCCUGCGCUCUACCUGCCGAGCCAAGGCCCCAGCCAAGGCCCCAGCGAGACCUGCUCACUAAGGGAUGGAACUGUAGUCCAGUCAUGCCCUGCUGACUCUCACAAUGUUUCUCCAUCACACGUCCGGCUCGGCCUCACUGAUCAGCCAAACUAUCAAGCUGUGACAAACGGGCUUUACACGCCAACCACCCAAGGUUCACAGCAGAGAGCAGGAGAGGGCUGCCGCCGGGGCCAGACCGCUGAGGCUGGAAGCCAGGCUCCUCCGUCCGGCCCUUUAGCCGGACGCCGGCCCAGCAACCUGACCCAGCUCGCUGAGGACGACCUGUGAACUGUACGGAUCUCAGGUCCGGAGGACAGCAGCCACUGCUACGGCUGUGAAGACAAAACGUAGUGAACACUCGUCGAAGUUCUGGAGGAUGAUGAAGGAACCGGAGUUAUGAAGGAAUUGUUGGCUGCGAACAUGCAAUCUGUGUGUCAGUUGGAGGCGUUAAAGCCUUGGUAACCUCCCGCUGACAUGAACAGCACCCAGCAGCGUUUUUACUGGGCUCAGAGUUAGAAAACACUCCAUUUUAAGACGAUUUCUACUUUUUACCUUCUGAGAGAGUUUGUAUUCGAUACUGGUCUCUCUUUAAAGGGGUGAGGGGAACUGUAUGAUGAUUCCAUUCCUGACUGGGGCAGUCACUGGAGUUACACGUGUGCCUGAAUUUAUGUUCCUGAAAUGACGUAUGGAUGUGUUUGUGUGCAUGAGAGAAUGCAAGGACUCUUCUUGUACCCUUUUUUUUAACCUCUUUAAUGAAGUUUUUCUGAUACCCCACAAUUGAUACAACCGCAGCUGGAUCCUUUUUUUUCAUUGUCCCUGCUGUAAACGGAGUUUGCUGUUUAUGUCGACAAGAACGGGAAUGGCGGAACACGUGAUGCGAGCGUGCCACAAGAACUUUCCUCGCUGUAAUUUAAUCUGAAAGUGAAGAACUUUCUUUGUUGCUACAGUGCUGAGAGCCCCUGUGUGCUCUGCAAUUCUGUUUGACUGGACUCACUUUGAUCUGGACAAGAAGGCAUGAGGGAGCCCCCUGGAGGUUCUCUGUGGGUAUGACGUCACCUCAGAUUUCUUUAUACUCUGAAGGCAACUCUUGAGGGGUUGCAAAUGCAUUGAAAGGGCCUGCUGUGCUGACCCGAAGUUCUGCAUGCAACAUCUCCUUGGUGACUGACUGGCAAUGCUACUUUACAUAGAUUUUUCUUUACAGGCAGAAGUGGGUCGCUUGGGAUCUCGGGGACAGGAGUCCUCACAAUUGCAUUCUCUAAACGAAUAUGAAUAGUUCUAUUAAUCCACUGUUGUCAUGUCGAGGCUGUGCACCAUUUCUAUUAUCUCUUAGCUUUUGCCCCUGC